GUGAUGUGUCAACAUUAGGUUGAAAAAAAAAAUCAAAUACUGUAACGUGUCAUUCCUGUCCGCUGUCAAAGGUCAUACUUUGACAACAUGUUUAGGAUGACCAGCUAGUUUAAAGCUUCAUUUCAGUGUUAGGGAUGCAUGUUGCUCGCUGCUGCAAUGAACGCGACGGUGACAGCUAGCAUGCGCAUGCGUGUCUUUAAGGUUAAUUUCGUUUCACUUCAGUGCUGGCUGAUGAAUUCAGUGACAGAGAAAAGGUGGUGAUAACGGACCGACCUGAUCCACCCACCAGCCAACUGGCCAGCCUGUCCUUUGUUUACCUGCUUCUCGGGUAAAGAGGUGAGCAGGGGGCAGGGCCACCCACACGGUAGAAAGGAUGCCUGUGGAGGGUGGCAGCAGCAGUGGCUCGGCUUCGGCUGCCCGGCACCCCAAGCAGAAGCGCAAGGCUCACAGUUUGUCACUCCGGCGCACCAACAGCACAGAGGACAGGCCCCCAGGCUUCCAGAGAGGAGAAAUGCUGGACGGUCAGGACUCCAAGCUGCCCCCCUCCUUACGGAACAACCUUCUGGAUCUUUUUGGCCAGAUUGAGCGCGAGUUUGAAAAUCUCUACAUAGAAAACCUUGAACUGCGCCGGGAAAUCGACUCUAUGAACGAGCGUCUGACCGGAGAUGGACAGACUAUUGAGGGAGGGGACCCCAACAAGGGAGCUAUGAAAACAAAAGCCAGCCACAGCACCAGUCAACUGUCACAGAAGCUGAAGACAACCUACAAAGCCUCUACCAGCAAGAUUGUGUCCAGCUUUAAAACCACCGCGGGGUCCCGAGCCGUGUGUCAGCUGCUUAAGGAGUAUGUGGGCCACCGGGACGGGAUCUGGGAUCUCGGAGUCACCCGAAAUCCGCCAGUAGUCCUGGGCACCGCCUCCGCAGAUCACUCGGCUUUACUUUGGAGUAUAGAGACGGGGAAAUGUCUGCUGAGGUAUGCUGGCCAUGCAGGAUCAGUCAACUCCAUCAAGUUCCACCCCACCGAGCAGAUGGCGCUCACCGCCUCUGGGGACCAGACGGCUCACAUCUGGCGCUACAUGGUGCAGCUUCCUGUCCUCCCGCCACCACCAGAUGUCAGUGCUCCAUGUGAUGACGACCAGGACUCGUCAGACCGAGAGGAAGGGGAGGUGGACGCAGAGGGCCCUUGCGAGGUCCCCACUGUCCGGGUUGCUACGGCAACCCUGAAGAGCCACCAGGGUGUAGUAAUCGCAGCCGAUUGGUUGGUGGGAGGCCGACAGGUGGUGACCGCUUCCUGGGAUCGUGCUGCCAACCUGUAUGAGGUGGAGACGUCUGAGCUGGUUCAUGCCCUCACUGGACACGACCAGGAGCUGACCCACUGUUGUACCCAUCCCACCCAGCGGCUGGUGGUCACUUCAUCCAGAGACACCACCUUCCGGCUGUGGGACUUCAGAGACCCGUCCAUACACUCCGUCAACGUCUUCCAGGGACACACUGAGUGAGUCGCUCUCUCUUCACAAACGCACUCUUCAAUCGGAACUGAACAUGUUCAACAGUUUGAGUUGCUGCAGUCUUUGUUGUGUCCACAGGGCGGUGCGGUAAACUCCAUCUGGCCUGUGAAUGCUCCAGAACUUUCUAAUGUUUUCCUUUUGCAGUGCCACACGAAUUUACAAACCCAAUUGCUCGAAGCCAAAUCCUCCACUUGCCUCGUUCAUUACCGAGCACUUUUUUUCUUCCUCUGCACUUUCUCUGCCUGCCUGGCUGCCUACCUCUCUCUCUCUCUCUCUCUCCCUCCCCCUACCUCGCUCUCCUGUUCGUUAUUCGGUCCAUUUUCUGCAUUUAUCCGCCACUCUAUAAUUUGGCACUUAACGCUCAAUUGUAGACGCUCAUUUCAAAAUGAUGACGGUUGGACUGGGCUACGGCUUUCAACGACAGCGCUUUUUAAAAUAGAUAUAUAUAUAUAUGUGUGUGUGUGUUUGUGUCUACAUGUGUGUGUUGGCUGGCCGGCACUCUGGCAGCCUUUUGAUUGCAAGUGGGGGGGAUUACAUAGAGCUCAUUACGUACGACCCCAACAUGUCUAAACCCUGCAGAGCCCUCUCUAAUUCUCUCCCAUAGACAAUGGGUAUAAUGAGAUUAAGCACCAGUG